AGCGUUAUGUAACAGCAUCAUCUCAUUGCCAUGAAUGGCGGCAUUUUUGCAGUGAAGGGAAGAUCAAGAAAAAGAAGAAGAAGAAUCUAUCCAAGGUUAAACUUUCGUUUGCAGCAGAGGACGAAGAAGAGGAAGAGGAGAAUGAAGAUAAGGAAGUUAUAAAAAAACCGAAGUUCGGCAAAGAUCCCAACGUCAAUACGAGUUUUCUUCCUGACCGAGAGCGUGAAGAAAUGGAAAGAAUAGAGCGUGAAGAGCUUAGGAAGCAAUGGUUGAAGAGGCAAGAAGAGAUCAAAGAUGAAGACAUAGAAAUUACAUACUCUUAUUGGGAUGGAUCUGGCCAUCGUAAGACGGUUGAGUGCAAGAAGGGGGACACCAUAUCGCGCUUUUUAGACCUUUGUCGACAACAAAUUCAUGAACUCCGUUCUGUUAACGUCGAUAAUCUGCUUUACAUUAAGGAGGAUCUCAUUAUUCCACAUCAUUAUACAUUCUACGAUUUCAUCAUCAACAAAGCAAGAGGAAAAUCUGGUCCAUUGUUCAACUUUGAUGUUCAUGACGAUGUUCGACUUGUACAUGAUGCGACGGUCGAAAAGGAUGAGUCUCACGCCGGUAAAGUGGUAGAACGAUCCUGGUACGAGAAAAACAAGCAUAUUUUCCCAGCCAGUCGAUGGGAAGUAUUUGAUCCUGAGAAGAACUAUGGCAAAUACAAGAUUAAGGAUUCCAAAAAAUCCAAAUAAGAGAAUUUUAUAGUAUAAAAAAGAAAACAUGUAUAUCCUCAAGCAUUUGGGUCUCAACAGUUGUAGAUGUCAUUCAGGUCACAAAUGAAC